CCGGAAGGACGGAGGCUGGCUGUGUUUAUCUCGUUGGGGACCGAGGUGUCGGUUGGCGCGCAACGGGUUCUAGACUGCAGGCAGCGCGAGGACCCGCGGCCCCGCCCCGGCCCGGCCUGGCAGGUAGCAGAGGCAGCAGGCCGUGCCGGGGGGGCAUGUUGCUGUAACCAGUGACCCAGGGGAUGUUACGGUGGACAGUGCACCUGGAGGGCGGGCCCCGCAGGGUGAACCAUGCUGCAGUGGCUGUUGGGCACCGGGUAUACUCCUUCGGGGGUUACUGCUCUGGUGAAGACUAUGAAACACUGCGUCAGAUUGAUGUGCACAUUUUCAAUGCAGUGUCCUUGCGUUGGACAAAGCUGCCCCCAGUGAGGCCUGCCAUCCGUGGGCAGGCUCCUGUGGUACCCUACAUGCGGUAUGGACACUCAACCGUCCUCAUCGACGACAUGGUCUUCCUUUGGGGCGGGCGGAAUGACACCGAAGGAGCCUGCAAUGUGCUUUAUGCCUUUGAUGUCAAUACUCACAAGUGGUCCACACCCCGAGUGUCGGGAACAGUUCCUGGAGCCCGGGAUGGACAUUCAGCUUGUGUCCUGGGCAAGACCAUGUACAUUUUCGGGGGCUAUGAGCAGCUGGCGGACUGCUUUUCCAAUGACAUUCACAAGCUGGAUACCAGCACCAUGACAUGGACCCUUAUCUGUACAAAGGGCAACCCUGCGCGCUGGAGGGAUUUCCACUCGGCCACAAUGCUGGGCAGUCACAUGUAUGUCUUCGGGGGACGUGCCGACCGCUUUGGGCCAUUCCAUUCCAACAACGAGAUCUACUGCAACCGCAUCCGUGUCUUUGACACCAGGACUGAGGCCUGGCUGGACUGUCCCCCAACUCCGGUGCUGCCUGAGGGCCGUCGGAGCCACUCAGCCUUUGGCUACAAUGGGGAGCUGUACAUCUUUGGUGGCUAUAAUGCGAGGCUGAACCGGCACUUCCAUGACCUCUGGAAGUUUAACCCUGUGUCCUUUACCUGGAAGAAGAUUGAACCGAAGGGGAAGGGGCCAUGUCCCCGCCGGCGCCAGUGCUGCUGUAUCGUUGGUGACAAGAUUGUUCUCUUUGGGGGUACCAGUCCAUCUCCUGAGGAAGGUCUGGGAGAUGAAUUUGACCUCAUAGAUCAUUCUGACUUACACAUUUUGGAUUUUAACACAUCUAACAUGUCAUUUGAAGAGCUGUUGGAAUUGCAGAGCCAAGUGGGGACUGAGACAUACAAACAGUUGACAGCUGGAAACAGUUCUAAGAAGCAAGGUUCUAGACCACGUGUCCAAAAUGCGUGUGUUGCAGAUAAGCACAGGCCUCUGGAAAUGUCAGCCAAGGUCCGGGUGCCAUUUUUGCGUCAAGUUGUCCCCAUCAGUAAGAAGGUAGCCCGGGAUCCCCGCUUUGACGAUCUUUCAGGAGAAUAUAAUCCUGAGGUGUUUGACAAAACCUAUGAAUUCCUGAAUGACAUCCGAGCCAAAGAGAAAGAGCUGGUGAAAAAGCAGUUGAAGAAGCACCGUUCUGGGCAGGAGCAGGAGAAACUGCAGCAGCUGCUUCAGAGGAUGGAGCAGCAAGAACGGGCACAGCAGGAACGCAAGCGGCAACAGGAGCUGCGCCUGGCCCUGAAGCAGGAGCAGAGGGCUCGGGCCCAGCAGGGCCAGCGGCCAUACUUCCUGAAGAAAUCUGAGCAGCGCCAGUUGGUCCUAGCUGAGAAGUUCAAGGAGUUGAAACGCAGCAAGAAGCUAGAGAGUUUUUUAAGUCGAAAGAGGCGCCGAAACGCAGGCAAGGACCGGAGACAUCUCCCCUUGAGUAAAGAGUAAUAAGGAACUGUCCUGAGCUCUGCCGCUGUGAGCCCAGUGAGAAAUGGAUCUGUGGGGACAGACUUUGGCUCGGCCUGUUCUGGUUCUUGUCCAUCCAAGGGCAAGAAUCUUAGCCCUUAAGCUAGGUUGGCUCAAAGACGAUGACUAGAGGGCUCUUGGACUGCUCCAGGGUUGGACAAGAAGAGGAGCAACUCAGCCUUGUGCUAUGCCACACUUCUCUGUUUGGAUCUGGUUCCUCGUGUCCUCAUGUCCUCCCAUCCUUGCUUUAGACCAGUGAUUGUGGUACAGAAGAGAACAGGCCAGUGAGUGAUCUUAAGGCUGGUGAAGGUCGUGAAGUCUGUGGAUGGUUCCUAGAGCUGGGACUUUAUUUAAGAGCCAAUUCAUAAACAUUCCUGUCACUCUUCUUUUUUUUCUGCUUUUUUGGUGGGGUCUGUGAGUGGCCUAGAACAAUUGUUUCAGUGGGCCACUAGUGCAGCUGGCAGCGAACAAAGAAGGCUCCCACAAAGAAGGAAGUCAGACCAGAGAUCCCUCCUACUUAAACCUCAAAAAACAUAGUCAUUGAAAGAGCAAACCACUCCCACAACUCACCUUCUUAGCUUUGGUUUUGGGUAGAGGGAGAGGUAGGGGGUGAGCACAGAGUUUUCUCCAGUAAUGUGUAACCACAGCCGGCUCUUAGUACUGUUUGGGUCUAGAGUUCAGACUACCUGUGUAGACUAGAAAAUCCUCAAGCUAAUAGUUUAGUUUGAAGUGGUCUCAGGUUGGUAGUGCUCCCAGGCACCUAGCAGAAGCAAGUAUAAUCUUCUCUUGAGGUUUGUAUUUUAAACCCAAACCUCAGGGAGUUUCUUAAGAUAAAAUUUGAAGAAAUGUGUGCUUUCAGUGAAAAUACAAAGCCACACAAGGAAAGAAAUCACCAUGACUAAGAGUCAUUAG